AUGGAAGUGGCGUUAAUACCUCCUCCGCCUCCAAUGCAGCCACAAACAGUAUAUCCUCAACCCAUGCAGUUCAAAGACAUUGAUAACCUUGAUCAGGCGGUUUGUAAGCAGGCUAUGAUCGAUUAUGCUGCUGAAAGCUGUUGUUUAGAUUCAAAUGCUGCCAAAGAAAUGACCAUCACCAGAAAUAAUGGUUUAACUGCUUAUCACUAUAUUUUAGAAACUUUUACUGAAUCACGAAAAACAGAAUGCAAACGUAAGCCACAUCACGGAGGAAGCGUUGAUGGCUCUGAAAACGGCUCUGCGCCCUCGCCUUGGGAUGUACUGUGUAAUGCAGAUAAAAUCUUUCAUAAUCACACUAAGAAAAUGAAAAUUCCGCACACAGAGUAUAUUCGUCCAUGUAACAAUUGUAUAGGACGUGGUUACAUCCAGUGUCCGGAGUGUCAUGGUAACGGACAAAAGGACUGCUCCUGUAGUAAAUGGCAACGUAAUCGGGAAUCUGAAAUGUUGUUGGGAAGUAAUGUCAAUCAUGCUUGUCCAUGGUGUAAAGAUACAGGAUUCUUGAAGUGUAAUAAGUGUUCCAGUAGUGGUAGGGCGAUAUGUACUGAAUGUAAUGGAUGCAGAAACAUGAAGACGUACACUGAACUUACUGUCAAAUUCAUAAAUCACGUGAGGGAUUACAUUUUUCAGCGAUCUGACAUGCCAGAUCAGUUGGUAAAAAAUGUAAGCGGCAAAGUGGUGUUUGAGCAAGAUUUAGACCAGGUAUUCCCAAUAACAACCCACCCGAUAAAAGAAAUCAACAACAAUUCAAAACGAAUCAUCAACGAGCAUAAACAUGCUUUUCCAUAUGAGAGAAUAAAAAGACAGAGACAACGUUUGCUUGCUGUUCCGGUGACGGAGGUCCACUUUACUUGGAAAGAUACACGUUCUCGAUACUGGAUCUAUGGGAUGGAGAGAAAAGUUUAUGCUCCAGAUUUUCCCCAAAAGUGCUGUUCUUGUUGUGCCAUUCUGUAAAAGUAUG